AUUUCUUUCUUUUUAUUCACACUUCCUGAAUAACUUCUUGGAAUUUUCGUUCUCCCUUUUAUAAAUUCAGAGCCUCAGUCCUAACACUCAUCACUAAUACAUGGCUCUUCACUUGCUACUCACUUUAUUUUUCUCCUUUCUUGCCUUCUUAUUCAUCCCAGUUUCUCUUUCCGUUCCCUUCAUAGUACUCCAUGGUAUUGGAGAUCAGUGCUCCAAUCCAGGAGUGAAACAAUUCACUGAGCUACUCAGUGAAUUCUCUGGUGUUCAAGGAUAUUGCGUAGAAGUUGGGGAUGGAACAUGGGAUUCUUGGUUUAAACCUCUGCAAGAACAGACUCAAAUUGUUUGUGACAAGGUGAAGGCAAUGAAAGAACUGAGAGAAGGUUACAACAUAGUUGGUCUCUCCCAGGGUAACUUAAUAGGUCGUGGUGUGAUUGAGUUCUGUGACGGUGGCCCUCCAGUUAAAAAUUUUAUCUCCUUAGCAGGCCCUCAUGCUGGUACUGCAUCUGUGCCUCUCUGUGGUUCUGGUGUUUUAUGUGAAAUUGCCGCUACCCUGAUCAAGUCGGAGAUCUACAGCAACUAUGUCCAAGAACAUUUGGCUCCCAGUGGAUAUCUUAAACUUCCAAAUGAGAUCUCUAAAUAUUUGAGUAACUGCAAGUUUCUUCCAAAGCUGAACAAUGAACACCCUGAUCAGAGGAACUCCACUUACAAGGAACGUUUCAGUAGCUUACAGAAUUUGGUGCUUAUAAUGUUUGAAGAUGACAAGGUUUUAAUACCCAAGGAAACUUCCUGGUUUGGAUUUUAUCCUGAUGGAGCCUUCAGUCCAGUUCAACCUCCUGAAAAGACAAAACUUUACACUGAAGAUUGGAUUGGGCUGAAAAGAUUGAAUGAGAGUGGAAGGGUGAAAUACGUCAGUGUGGCCGGAGGUCAUCUUGGAAUCUCGAAACCUGAUAUGAAGAAGUAUGUAGUGCCUUACUUGAGUGAUCAGGCAUUGUCGAUAGAAGGUGAAGAAAGGAAUCAUAACCACAAUUACAGAGUGGCAACAAGCAGAAAGAUAAAGCAAGCGAAUGAGUUGGCAUCUUCUGAAACUUGAUGGAGACCUGGUUAGGCGUUCCGAAAAUUCUACAUAAUUAUAUGGUUGAGCAAUAAAGAUGUAAUUGUAACUUAGAUUGCAAUCCAUCUCACUGAAGAAUGUGUGCCUGAAAAAACAUUAUUUGCACUUUAUAUACUGGAAGGAGACAAAAAACUUAAUAAACACCUUUAUCGGCAA